AUGCUGCUUUUCGUUGUGGAUAGUGCUGACACGUCUAGGAUCACGGAAGUAAGUCAGUAUCUUAUUAGCAUUCUUCAACAUCCCAAAAUAGAGGGGAUUCCUGUGUUGAUUCUUGCCAACAACCAAGAUCUUCCUUCAGCCCUCAGUAUAAAGGAGCUUACUGAGAAGUUGUCGCUAGCACAUUACACAGCAAACCCUUGCGCUUUCCAAAGAGCGUGCUCUUUGACCGGCAAGGGCCUUUACGAAGCAAUUUACAAGCUGGCCGAUAUGGAUACGAAAACUUCGCAGCUGAAGCGCAGUUUAAAAGAGUUGGGACCUACGCUGGAACUGGGAGGAUUUUCGCCGGAGAUAAUUAGAAGACUUGGUGCUAAGUCCAUCACUGUUCGUUACGAGCAAAUACAACCUCUGUUUUUUGAUUGAAUUCAGUUUUAAGUGACUUCCGUCUUGCAUGAAGAGUUAUCAGUGUUGCUUUCUUGGUCAAUAUUGCCGUUAUGUCAGAUAUCAAACGAAAUUUAACGAAUCUUGAGACAGAAUAGCGCUUUGCAUUAAUGACGUCACAAAUUUCUGGUCCCUGCUGUGCCUGACCAGUAUAAGAGUUUUGUAUGGGAAAGUCACGUUCGCCAACAAAUUUCCGUCAUCCCUGAAGAUUUUUAUCGUUAAAAGAAGUCGACUGUACAGGAUAUAAAAUACAGUCGACUCUCUCUUAACGGACACCUCUAUAAGACGGACACCUCUGUAAAACGGACACUUAGAGUUGGUCCCUGCCUUUGUUUAUUCCCUUUAUUUGACUCUUUAUAAGACGGACAUCUCUCUAAGACGGACACUUAAUGCCGGUCCCAAAGGUGUCCGUCUUGGAGAGAUUUGACUGUACUGUAUAAGAUACUGUAUUCGUCCAGCGUUCGUUAACAGAACAAAGUUAUAAAUUUCCGGUUUGUGCUAACGUUGGUGUGCUUUUUAGCUUAGAUAUUCUGUCACAGGUUUACGAGAAGCACAUAGAGACUCGAUUUCCUUUUUAGCAAUUUCGGUUUUGGAGUAUUACACAGCCAUGUCAUGUUUNAGAAUAGCGCUUUGCAUUAAUGACGUCACAAAUUUCUGGUCCCUGCUGUGCCUGACCAGUAUAAGAGUUUUGUAUGGGAAAGUCACGUUCGCCAACAAAUUUCCGUCAUCCCUGAAGAUUUUUAUCGUUAAAAGAAGUCGACUGUACAGGAUAUAAAAUACAGUCGACUCUCUCUUAACGGACACCUCUAUAAGACGGACACCUCUGUAAAACGGACACUUAGAGUUGGUCCCUGCCUUUGUUUAUUCCCUUUAUUUGACUCUUUAUAAGACGGACAUCUCUCUAAGACGGACACUUAAUGCCGGUCCCAAAGGUGUCCGUCUUGGAGAGAUUUGACUGUACUGUAUAAGAUACUGUAUUCGUCCAGCGUUCGUUAACAGAACAAAGUUAUAAAUUUCCGGUUUGUGCUAACGUUGGUGUGCUUUUUAGCUUAGAUAUUCUGUCACAGGUUUACGAGAAGCACAUAGAGACUCGAUUUCCUUUUUAGCAAUUUCGGUUUUGGAGUAUUACACAGCCAUGUCAUGUUUCAGUGCAUAGAGUGCUAUCUGACCAAGACUGAGCUAGGGAUCCGAUUUGAGUAGCCUUCUUUGAUCAAGUCGCUUUAUUUUCUGAUUUUAACGAUUUAUUUGAGUUACUUGGACCAGGUUUUGCUCCCUAUAGCAGUAGUGCCUUUUAUAUAUUGGAAUUAAGCUCAAAAAAUAUUUUAAAAACGCUUGCUGCGAAUUCUAUGAACAAUUUUCAUGUCGUUAAACGCAUGUUGCUCAUACAAAGCCUUUUAGUAGAAUGCAAAUUUUGUCUGUGUCACGCGGCAGGUCUAAGGUGACGAACUGACCUGUUUUUAGUAAUAGUGCAAAUCGCUAUUGCAAAAGAGUGUGCGGGUGGAGGACGAUGAAAAGAGGGAAAAAGCGGGAGCCUCUCUCCUUUCCGUCAUCCCUCGCGAGCUUUCUUUACGCCUCUUCUCAGCUCAUGACACAAACAGUCCUCCGCGGAGGAGAAACACGUCUUCAAUUUCUAGUUCAUGUCUCAAUCAGAGUGUUCCAAUCUGCGCCCCAAUAUUAUAAUUUGCCCCACUGAAGAACUGCUGACGCAAAUUUUACUUCAACUAAUUAUAAGGUCGUGAAAAUUUAAACCGCAAAAAAUUCCCUUAAGUUAUUGAGCCUUUUCCGAACGCAAAAUAUCGGCCCCUAUUAGAACGUAAUUUUGGAAUUUUACAAUUUAACUAAAUAAAUAUCACAACACCCUAAGUGAUCAUAACGGGUGAUAGACGGAUGCACGAAAACUUGAAGACGAGGUCGAAAAUUGUCUGAUCAGUUAUUGCAUUACGACUCGUCGAGAAAACCUUUUGAUUUCGAAAUAUGGGGAAAGCAUGUUCGCGGUUUGAUAAAAAGGAAGAAGAUUACUGUCUCGAAAUCCUUAUGCUGGGGUUAAAUGGAGCAGGAAAAACUACGAUUUUAAACUACCUGGACGGAAAUUCUGAUGAAAUCCCUGCGCCAACGAUUACUCCAUCAUUUUCAGCUGGCACUAAUUUGAGCAAAGGACUAGAUGGACUCAGCAUUUCGAUUUGGGAUUUUUCAGGCGAUGAAAGAUUUAGACAAGAGUGGAGUCGUUUUGUUCGGGAGCCUCAGGUGCUGCUUUUCGUUGUGGAUAGUGCUGACACGUCUAGCAUCACGGAAGUAAGUCAGUAUCUUAUUAGCAUUCUUCAACAUCCCAAAAUAGAGGGGAUUCCUGUGUUGAUUCUUGCCAACAAACAAGACCUUCCUGCAGCCCUCAGUCUAACGGAGCUUGCCGAGAGGUUGUCGCUAGCACAUUACACAGCAAACCCUUGCGCUUUCCAAAAAGCGUGUUCUUUGACCGGCAAGGGCCUUUACGAAGCAAUUUACAAGCUGGCCGAUAUGGAUACGAAAACUUCGCGGUUGAAGCGCAGUUUAAAGGAGUUGGGACCUACGCUGGAACUGGGAGGAUUUUCGCCG